AUGGGUAACCCCCACCAGUUCAUCAUCUUGUUUCACCGAUGGACCUUAUGCCACGGAAGUAGCGAUAACUUGGAUUCUAUCUGUCAUAUUAACGGUGUUCGAAAAAUCGGCCUAGGCUGGGGGACAACGCCUAGGCUAUUAAAGAAACUAAAUCUCCCAGUGUUAGAAAUCAAAGGAAAAGAUUGUGUUCCUUUAUCAAAAGAUCUUGUUGGGAAAGGAGAGAAAUCGACGUUUUUGUCAGAAUUUGUGUGGGGACGGGAGCUAUUGGGUGAAGCUCCUCACACAAAUCAGACUAUGCUCUAUGAAGGCUUGAAAGAUUUGAGUAUGGGAAGCAAAUUACAAAAUCCAAAUUUUCAUAUUGAUAUUUCUAUUGAGGGAGUCAUGCUUAGAGUGGCUGAUGUGUACUUACGGUUACCUGAACAAGGCGUUGACAAGUCAGGUGUACUGCAUGUGAACACUGAUCACAUAGGGGAAGGGAAAUUCUAUAUAGCAAUUUUCCUUUCAAUCUGGUACAAUGAAUGGUUGAAUGCAAUUAGUUGCGUAUGGAUGGCUGAAGAUGCACAAGGGAUGUUCAGAGGUAGCAGUCCAGCUUCAGAUCCUACUUUUAUGGUUGUGGAAUUUGUUAGAGACCAUUUCAAAGAAGGAUUAAGAACACGCAUAAAGUUGCUAGCAUGUUAG